AUGGUUGACUUCAUCCUGACACUCCAGGUUCCAUACAAUAUCAUUGGGUGGCUGGACAAAAACAAAGACCCGUUGAAUGAGACAGUGGUGGUGCGCUUCCAGAAGUCCUCCAACAUGUUGGCACUGACUCAGACCAAAAGACUGGAGGCAAGGAGAAGAGGAAGAAGGCUGCCUCUUUCCAGACCGUGUCACAGCUACAGAAGGUGAGAGGGACAACUUACUCUACUGGCAAAAUGCUGGCUAAACUGACAAUAUCACAAGCUAAUAUAAUGUGAUCAAGCUGGAUUAUACUUGAUAUACUGCAGUAGACAGUAAAACUAUACAAGUCAUUACAGGAUAAUAAACAAACAGAAAGGACAUAGCUAGUAAGGCAGUGAAGCUACAUCAACAUUGAGAGAUCAUCUAUCCAGUGCUGAGAAGGAGACAGUUAAGACUUGCAGUGAUGUUUAGGGAAAUGAUCACAUGAACAUCACUUUAAGUCUGUGCUGGCUCCACUCUCAUAAACAUCACAUACUGUAUCCUCCCUGAAGUCAAUGGAAGAGCUUCAGCUGUGCACCAUAACUGAAAGAGUGAGGGAGAAUUUGUUUUCAUAAACUGCUGCAAAAAUGUACAUAUUUGCUGAUGUUGUAAACACUGAACCUACAUUGAGCAACAUUCCUGUCAUCAAUGCUAGCUUAGGUUUUCAUUCUCUCCAUCCGUUAUGUGUGGCCCUCUGUCUGCAGGAUCAUCUGA